AUGGAAAAUCUCGCUUCGAAGCGAAAGGUUAUUUAUGCGAAAGUGAAAUGGGAGUUAUCUGUCGCAGAGAACAUCCGCUGCCGGAAGCCGUCCGCUGCGGAAGUAUUGGAAAGGCGAAGUAAACUCACGGAACUUGCUAAUCAUUUCGACGCUAUUCAAACUGCGAUUGAAGAAGAAACGGUCCACUUGGAGGAUGUUGCAUCAGUUUUCAAUCAUCGGCUCCUGUUCGAUGAAGUGUACUUCCAGGUUAAGGAUAUUUACACCCAGUAUCUGGAAGAGAACUCUAUUGGAGACGCAGCAGGCAGUUCUCGCACGGCAACCAGCUUUGAAAAUUCAAUCGGUGAAACACGAGCCACAUAUCAAUGUGAAGCUACCGCAGCUGAACAUUCCGGUACAUAUACAGUGUUUGCACUCAUACGGGAAUUUCUGGAGCAACCUUCAGCAAGCAACACGAAUGGAUUGAAAGAACUAGUGAAUGUUGCUGAUGACGUCAUUCGUCAGCUCAAGGCGUUGGGCAAUGAAUACGGAACGCGUGAUCCGUGGCUCAUUCACCUGCUGCUGGAUAAGGUGGAUAAAGACACACGUUCGCUUUGGGCACAGAAAAUAAUCGACAUCGAAAACCCUUUGUUUAUGGAUUUUUUGGACUUUCUGCAGAAGCGCUGUGAUGCAUUGGAAACCUGUUCGGCUUUCGUGAAGAAAACAUCGCUUGACACCGUGAAGAAGGAGCACUCUAGAGCCAGUGGCAACGAAAGGAAACUUCAAGCUUUUCAUGCUACUGCUACUCCGAUAUCUUGUGCAAAGUGUUCCAACGACCACCCAGUGUACCAGUUUUGUCAUAUCGCACAGUGUAAGCAACGGCACCAUACCUUGCUAUGCCGAAGAGACGUCAAGCGACCGGAGCAGCAGAAUGAUGCUGUUAUCGAACCAGAGGAGCAGAAUACUGAGGAGUCUUCAAUUUCGGCUAACGCGACACAGGCAGUAAUUAGCAAUUCGGAACCGUCCACAUUUUCAUUGUUGCCGACGGUGGUAGCCAAUAUCAAGGGAGUAGAUGGCAAAUCAAACGAAGUGAGAAUUUUGAUUUAUUUGGGAUCUCAGGCAUCUCUUAUCACCGAGGCGUGUGUCAAACGUCUUGGACUGAAGCGGAUCAACGCUAAGGUGGAAGUUACUGGUGUCAGCGGAGAAAUAGUCGGUACUACAGCCGGCAAGGUAUCGUUGAUAGUUUCAUCGCGAUUCGACGAUAGUGAUACAAUUACAAUACAAGCAUACGUAUUAGGAAAGCUGACGGCAACCCUGCCGUGCCAGCAAUUCAGCGCAUCGGAUAUGCUAUACUUGAAAGGUUUGCAACUUGCUGAUCCGCGAUUCAACAAGUCGAGCACAGUGGAUGUCAUUUUGGGUGCAGAUGUCUUCCUGUCCAUACUUCGAUCGGGGCAGGUCAAGAAUCUUAACGGUAUUCCUGUAGCACAACGUUCCAUAUUCGGAUGGAUGGUCGAAGGAAGAAUCUCCAAGCAGGAAUGUUUACACACCAAUCAUUCAGUGAUAAACGUACAUCAGGGAUUUGAUAUCGAUCGCACUCUACGGAUGUUUUGGGAAGACCAAGAGCUACGCAACAGCCAGCCUUUGACGGAGGAAGAGAAACGGGUAAUCAACCAUUUCGAAUCAACAUUCACACGUACGGAAGAAGGACGCUUUAUCGUUAAACUACCGCUGGACGAUUCAAAGCAGAAGCUCGGUGAAUCUUUGAUCGCUGCUGUCAAGCGCCUUAGAGCAAUGGAGCGCAGGUUUCCGAACGAUGAAAAUUUCAUGGUUAGGUACACAACGUUCAUGAGAGAAUACAUACGGCUGGGACAUAUGCAGUUAAUCCCAGAUUCGGAGAUAGCAGUCGACCAGUCAAGGUCCUGUUAUUUGCCUCACCACGGGGUCAUAAAGGAAGACAGUCUUACGACAAAAUUGCGAGUCGUAUUCGACGGAUCUUGUGUUACAUCUUCCGGAGUAUCACUCAACGAUUUGCUGCUGAGUGCGCCCAAUAUCAAAGCGGAUUUGUUUGAUGCUCUAUUGCGAUUCAGAUCGUACCCGAUUGUAUUUACGGCGGACGUCGAGAAGAUGUGCCGUCAGGUAUUGGUGCAUCCUGACGAUACGGACUAUCAACGCAUUGUAUGCCGUGAUUCCCCGGACAUGCCGAUACAACAUUUUCGUUUGCUGACUGUAACAUACGGUCUGAAGAAUUCCGUAUUUUUGGCUAUGGCAGCAUUGAAAAAGGCAGCUGAAGUAUACGAGAAGCAGUACCCAGAGGCAGUUGACCGGAUCAAAAAGCACACCUACAUUGAUGAUCUGACUUCUGGAGCUGACUCUGCGCAAGAGGCGAUGGUGUUAAUCAAGCAGAUUAACGAGAUACUACAUAAUGCGGGCUUUAUUCUACGCAAAUGGAGCUCGAAUUCAGCAACGGUUCUCGACUUACUCAGUGACGUAAAUGUUAACGCUAAGCCGAUCAAUUUGCCAGACGAACAGAAUUCGGUGAAAGCGCUUGGUAUACAUUGGUUGCCUGAGGAAGACGUUUUCACUUUCAAGGUAAACUUUCGAGUAGAUGGUCCUAACACAAAGCAUCAACUGCUGUCGGACACAGCACGACUGUUCGACCCGUUCGGAUGGUUCGCACCAGUCAUCAUUUGUGCAAAAAUUCUUUAUCAACAUUGUUGGCUAUACGAUUUGAACUGGCACGAUCCGUUGCCCCCGUGUAUCGAGGAUGCGUGGGUAGAAAUGAAACAAAACUUGUGGCAACUUGAACAGGUGAAAAUUCCAAGAUGGAUGGCAAACUUUCACGGUCGUAUUGAACUGCACGGCUUCUCAGACGCUUCUGAGGAAGCUUACGCCGCAGCUGUGUAUAUGCGAUCAAUCGACGAAGAUGGUCGUAUUCACGUCAGCUUAAUUGCAGCUAAAACAAAGGUAGCGCCGGUGAAACAGGUAACUAUACCUCGGCUUGAACUCAACGCAGCGGAACUUCUGGCGAAGCUGAUGAAGCAGGUAGCGGAACCGCUCGAACGUUUCCAGAUUCAGCAGUAUGCCUGGACAGAUUCGAUGAUAGUCCUCCAAUGGCUUAGCAACCAUCCCCGUAAAUGGAACACGUAUGUAGCGAACAAAGCAUCGACUAUUCUGGAUAUUUUAUCGCGACGACACUGGGGCCAUGUUUCAACACACGAAAAUCCUGUAGAUUGCUCGUCGCGAGGAAUAAACCCUUCGGAGUUGGUCGAUCAUCCGCUUUGGUGGUCUGGACCGCAUUGGCUAGCAGCGGAUUCUUCGUCGUGGAAGCACAAUGUUCCACCGGAAGAUUUCGACGACGGCACACUUGAGGUACGUAAACGGUUUCAAACACUCAAUACGAUGAUUAAGCUUCCAGGCACCAGCUUCGAGAUUGAAAGGCAGAUUCUUGAACGCAAGUCUACUUUACAUGCCGCGUGUCGGCAACUAGCAUAUGUUAAUCGUUUCAUAACCAAUAUGAAGGCACAGCGAAGUAAGCAAUCCAAACUUUCCGGCACGAUCACACUAACUGAACUACAUGAAGCUAGAGUACAAUACGCAAGGCUAGCGCAACAUGACGUUUACGCAAGCGAGAUGGAUAGCUUGAAGGGUGGUAGCGAGGUUUUUUGUAAAUCGAAGAUCAGCGACAUGUAUCCAUUUCUGGACAGCGACGGAACCAUGCGAGUUGGCGGUCGGUUGCAGCAUUCGGCUCGUCCAUUUCGCAUUAAGCAUCCCGUAAUUCUACCUAAAGAACAUCGCGUCACACGACUGUUAAUAAUCUUCCAGCGGCAUGUGUUACAGCAUAUCGUCCAUUCGCACACGUCGGAGUGGACUAUGCCGGUCCCAUUCUGA